CAUAUCUCGUCUGAAAGAGCGACUGGUAUGCCUGUACUUCAAGUCCCAUGAUGCAUCUCUGAUUGCUCACUUCGACACAAGCUGCGAGCCAGUCAGCGGCAGGUAAACAAACCCAUCUUGACUGGGACGGCGAGCCGAACAAAGCGUAUGCGGUAUGCGACCGUCUUGCAUUUUUAAUGGCGAGAAAGAUGUCUGUCGAGAAAGCGAUACGUCCGCUGUAAGCAAUUCGUUAAAAAAAUAACCGCUGAAUUGUCAUUCGACCACCGAGGCGUGUCGACGACAAAUAAUAGGACGAGUUUCACCUGCAGCGGAGAGCCGACUGUCGACAUCUGCGCAUGAUGCAUUGCAGCACUUUUGAGAAAAUGGGUGUUUUUAGCCUCAUUCUCAGAAUAGAGUAUCUGAUCCGAGAUGUCGGUUGGGUUCUUUAGCCACUGUACCAUUUAACUGCGCUGCACUCAGAACAACAUCCCCCCUGGCGACCUGCAUCAUGGGGCCCAUCAUGCAGGAACGCACGGCAUCCACGACAAUGAAGCGUGUCGUCUCCAAAGAGAAGAUUCGCGUAAAAAAUACCGAAAACAGCGGACCAGUAACCAGUUCAAAGAAGGGUAAUAAGAUGAAGAAACCAGUGGGCCAAAUGAAAAAUGGUCUUCCAGGACCAGGUCAGGAUAAGGACACAGUGACAACAGUGCAGAAGGGUGCACAGUCAAAAGGUGGUAGGGUGAAAUCUGGCACCACACGGAAUACAAGCAAACUCUCCAGCCCGGAAGAAGAAGGAGAUUCGAGACCUCAAAUCCGCAAACAAUCAUCUGUGCACAGGAAGGAGGAAAAACGAGAAAAUCAACGGAUGUCACAAUGCAGCAAUGAGCUACGGCCGAAUCCUGGGGGGAUGGGGAAAAAUCGGCGAGCCCUCUCCCUGCCUCUCUCCCCAAUAUCAGGGCUACGACACAUGCCAGCACACCCCCUAACCCACUCCCCAGCCCCCACCUCAGAGGCACUGCAGCAGCACUACAACCAGAAGGAUGAUGACACUGACAGUGCCAGUGAUCUGUCAGACUCUGAGAGGCUUCCUGUACUGCCCUCUCCCUGUACCCCCUGCACCCCUCCUCACCUCAACCUCCGGGCCGAGGUCAUCAACACUAAUGACUUUCCCCCGGACUUCCCAGGACCCCGUGGGACUGUGGGUGACGAAGACGAGAGUGAAAAACCCAGCUACAGUUACCAAGACUUUCUGCCUCCUCCCUUCAACAGCUGGAGCCUGAGACAGCUGGCGGUGUUUCUUCAUACAGAGGGCCGUGGUGCCCCCCGGCCCAAGCCUGUAGGGCCCUUAGAGAAGUACCUAGAGAGACUGCUGCAGCUGGAGUGGCUCCAGAUCCAAACAGUGCAAGCGGAGAGCAGCCGUCCGCCUGGGGGUCGUCAAAGGCCACAGGCCUUCCCCGCUGCCACUACGGCUCACCCACCCAGGCCUCACACAGCUCCACCGUCCCGACUCAACUCCCCUAAAGGACUGCGGCACACACAGCGAGCCUUCCCAUUUGCACCUGUCAACAACCCCCCAUCACCUGCUUCAACCCAGCACCAGCUCUCCCGCUUUCCAGUUUGCCCCCACUGUCACAUUCGCUAUCCGAUGUGCAAUGGAAGCUGCUCUGCCUAUGCCUACCAGCGCCACUCGCGGCUUAGCCCACUGCUGGAGCGCAAAGCCAGACCUGGGGCGCCGGCGAAGCGGAGCAGCAGCGAGACCCGAGCACCCUCCACGGAAGGGAGGAGCCCGGGUGGACAAGGCGGGGGUGGAGGAGGAGCCCAGACCCCGGUUAGCCCCUCAGCAGGAAGGAGUCAUCUGAGGCACAUGCAGGCUGCAGGCAAUGCCCGAAAGCAACCCCAGGAAUCUGGGACUAACCCAAACUGUAAAGGUCAGGUGAGGAAAAGCCGCGUCAGAGCUAACUCUGAGACAGAUGUCAAAAAGGAGCCUGUUGGCAUUAAAGCAGCCGGUGCAGAGAAACGUGUUUUUGGUGCAAGCAAGAGAGAGGUCAUCACCUCAAAGAGAGUGGAGAAAGACUGGCAGAGCACAGAGGCAGGAGGUCAGACCUCUAAAACUGCCAUGAAAAGAGCUGCUAAAGAGUCACAGUCCCUCUCCAAAGCACCGCUUAGUAGUAAGCAGAAUGGCAAAACAAAAAAUGUGCACUUUGUUGCAAAGUAGCCCUUAUAGAUCUUCAGUAUAGCGCUUUACUUAGUGGUUACUUGCUACAGGAUCUUGAACCCAUGCUUGCUUUCUGUGUAAUCUGUGUAAUACUAACAUGUUCUAACUGUUGUACAGCAGUCUAAAUCAGUCAGUGGUGUACAGCCUUCAAAAGGUCAAAACUAUCAGAGAUUGAGCAGCUAGAAUAGAGAUAAAAUUACGUGUAUGACACUUAAACAGAACAGAAUUAUGAACACUGUAUUUCAUUUAAAAUGUACAGUAAUUGUAUAGUCAGACUGUGUUUUCGACAGAAAGCUCAAUAUGACCUUAAACGCUACUGGGAUUCUAAAAACAGCUUUUAUGUAAAUGGAACUCUGUUGCACUGCAGUCAUCUCUUAGUGUGCUACUAAUGUUGAAAUAGGCAUAAAAUUAGCAUCUACUGUACUGUUGGACCGCUUUCAGCAUAAGUAAUCCAUAGUGAAGUUUAACACAGAUCAUUACAUUUUAGUCAUUGAAUACAACCGUAGCCGUUACUAGUGGAGUUUUUGAUGUUGGAAUGUAUUUAUUUUCAAUACUCUUACUUGACAUGAUGUUGCUUUAUCUUUUUU